AUGGCCGCAAUAGAUGCCGCAAACGACGAUGCAUCAGAUACAUCUAUUGGCAGCCCGAACCUGGAUACUGUGGCCAGCUGCUCGACUGUGGACGACGACCCCAAUGAUGGAUUCUGCGGUCUUCUUCCUGGCAAUACCUACAUGAUUCUAGAGAGGGAAUCGCUCCGAGCCAUGACUCUCACAAAUGAAGGAUUGCGCCUCAAGCACAUCGAGGAAGGCCAAAGCCUGAACAAUCGCUGGCUCUGUGUUGAGAAGAAUGGCUGGCUUGGUCUCCAGGAACCAAAGUCCGGCAAGUACAUUGGACACGAUGGGAAAAGCGGAGUGCGCGCCGCGGCCAAUGGGUUCCACGCGUGGGAGUACAUCACCACCAGAGACCGCCCUGGCGGCGUCUAUCAGCUGCUCGUUCCGCAUUGGUGGGAGGCGCUUAGGGUUAUCGUCGUUGCCGAGGACGGUGAAAGUCUGAUUACGCGACAGCACGGAGAGACGCUCUGGAGAUUUCUCAGGACAUCUGGAACAGGAAGCAACUGA